AUGCUUCGACAAACUAGCCUAUGGGACUUAGCUUGGUUUGCAUCGUCAAGAGAUGACGAUGAAGAACAAUCAGCUAUUCAUGUGAAUAAUGGAAAAAUCAUUCAUGAUGAUCACCAAAAUAUAAAAAUUGAUAAAUAUAUAAUUCAAUAUUUGAAUUCAAAAGAUAAUUUAUUUCUACAAUUUUUAUUAUUAAAUGUUUCAAUACGAAUAAUAUUUAUUAUAUUAUGCUUAUUCAUUAUUUCAACUACCUAUUAA